AAAGAUUCCACAUCUUUACUUGAUUUGGUGUUAUAGUUUAUAGUCAUAAGUAAUUGCUUUUUAAAAGUGUUGUUUCGCAAUUUAAAAAGUGCUAUACCUCGUGUUUUGAAAGCAAGUAAAGCAAAUAUGUCUACCAACAAAAGUACUAUUCCUUUUUCAAGGGAUACUUUAGAACAAGUUUUGAAAAGAAGAUUUUUUUUCGCCCCAUCUUUUGAAAUUUAUGGUGGUGUUUCCGGUUUAUAUGAUUUCGGUCCACCAGGUUGUGCCUUACAAGCUAAUGUUGUCGACACUUGGAGAAAACACUUCAUUUUAGAAGAAGACAUGUUGGAAGUUGACUGUACCAUGUUAACUCCUCAUGAAGUUUUCAAAACUUCUGGUCAUGUUGACAAAUUCGCCGAUUGGAUGUGUAAAGAUUUGAAAACUGGUGAAAUUUUCAGAGCCGAUCAUUUAGUUGAAGAAGUUCUUGAAGCCAGAUUGAAAGGUGAUAAAGCUGCCAGAGGUGAAGCCACCAAAGAAGUUGAAGAAGAUGAAGAUAAAAAAAAGAGAAAGAAGAAGGUUAAGGAAAUUAAAAACAUCAAAUUACCAGAUGAAGAAGUUGCAGAAUACGAAAAUGUUUUGGCUCAAAUUGAUGGUUUCUCCGGCCCUCAAUUAGGUGAAUUAAUCAAAAAAUAUAACAUUGUUAACCCUGGUACCGGUGGUCCAUUAGAACCACCAAUUGAAUUCAACUUAAUGUUUGAUACUGCUAUCGGUCCAUCUGGUCAAAUGAAAGGUUACUUAAGACCAGAAACUGCUCAAGGUCAAUUCUUGAAUUUUUCUAAAUUGUUAGAUUUCAAUAAUGAAAAAAUGCCUUUUGCAUCUGCUUCUAUUGGUAAAUCAUUCAGAAAUGAAAUCUCCCCAAGGGCAGGUUUAUUAAGAGUUCGUGAAUUCUUAAUGGCUGAAAUUGAACAUUUCGUUGAUCCAGAAGAUAAAUCUCAUCCAAGAUUUGAUGAAGUCAAAGAUGUUAAAUUAUCUUUCUUACCUAAAGAUGUUCAAGUCGCUGGUUCUAAUAAACUUGUCGAAACUACCAUCGGUGAAGCUGUUAAAUCUGGUAUGGUUGAUAAUGAAACCUUAGGUUACUUCAUUGCUAGAAUUUACUCUUUCUUAAUAAAGAUUGGUGUUGACUCUACUAGAUUGAGAUUCAGACAGCACAUGGCUAAUGAAAUGGCUCACUACGCUGCAGACUGUUGGGAUGCUGAAUUACAAACUUCCCAUGGUUGGAUAGAAUGUGUUGGUUGUGCUGAUAGAUCUGCUUACGAUUUAAGUGUCCAUUCUGCGAGAACUAAUGAAAAAUUAGUUGUUAGACAACAAUUACCGGAACCAGUCACUGUUGAAAAAUUUGAAGUUGAAAUUCAAAAGAAAAAAUUCGGUCCAAAAUUCAGAAAGAAUGCCGGUACCGUUGAAAAAUGGCUCUUGGAAAGAACUCAAUGUGAAUUAGAAGAUUUGGCCAAAGAAUUGAAAGACACCGGAAAAAUCUCUUUCAAGAUUGCUUCAAUUCCUGAUGAAACAAUCGAAUUAGACACCGAAUUCAUCAACAUUGAAAAGGUUACCAAAGUUGAACACGUUCGUGAAUUCACUCCAAAUGUCAUUGAACCUUCAUUUGGUAUCGGUCGUAUUAUCUACUCCGUGUUCGAACACUCUUUCUGGUCUAGACCUGAAGAUAAAGAUAGAUCAGUUCUUUCCUUGCCACCUUUGGUUGCUCCAACUAAAGUAUUGCUUGUUCCAUUAUCAUCUCAUAACGAUUUACAACCAAUUGUCAAGAAACUUUCUGCUAAAUUGAGAAAAGAACAAAUUCCUUUCAAAGUUGAUGACUCAUCUGCAUCUAUCGGUAAGAGAUACGCCAGAAAUGAUGAAUUGGGUACUCCAUUCGGUAUCACAAUUGAUUUUGAUUCAGUCAAAGAUGAAUCUGUUACUUUAAGAGAAAGAGAUUCUACCAAACAAGUCAGAGGUUCUUUCGAAGACAUCGUUGCUGCUGUCAGAGAAAUUACUUAUAAUGGUGUCUCUUGGUCAAAUGGUACCGCCAAACUUACCCCUUUUGACUCUCAAUCUGGUGAUGCUUGAACCAUUCCAUAUGUAUAACCUGUUUAGAUAGUCUAUCUAAGUAAUGUAUAUUUAGUAAAUUUA